AUGGCAGCAGAUUCCAAAUUUCAUGCAUUGGUGAUCGGCGCUUCUGGUAUCAUUGGCUGGUCAGUCGUCGACCAACUACUUCAGCCGUAUCCGUCUUCUUCCCCAUUCCAGAAAGUCACGGCACUCGUGAACAGGCCACUAGAACUUCGGGACUCUUUCUGGUCAACAGGGGCAGCUGACAGACCUGAAUUGGCACUUGUAUCUGGAGUCGAUCUGCUUUGCGGCGACGCGGAAUUUGAAGAUCUGUUGAAGGAGAAGGUCCCUGAUUUUAGGAAUGUCAGCCAUGUUUACUACUUCGGUAAGACUCAACAAGGCCUCUUUUGGCCAACAGGAAAGCUAACCACACUCGUUGCAGCUUUCAAAGGAGACGCAGACUACAAAAGAGAAGUUGAAGUCAACGUCGGUAUGAUGCGCCGCGUAGUUCUUGCCAUUAAGAACCUUUCGCCCAAGUUCAAGUUUUUCGUGUACCCAGGCGGUACCAGAGGCUACGGCAUAUACGAACCAAACGGUGUCUUUGCCGCCCCACUCAUCGAAGAAAUGGCCGACAACCUCCCAGAAGCCUGCAUUGAAACAGUAGCCUAUCCUCACUACCGUACCAUGCUCACCAGUGAAUCUGCUGGACAAUCUUGGACAUGGUGUGAGCUCGUCCCCGAUGCCAUCAUCGGCUUCACCCCAAACGGGUCUGCCUUUUCACUAGUAGGACACUGGGCCGUAUAUCUGUGCGUUUAUGCACAUGUUCACGGGGAAGGUGCUGAAGUACCGUUCCCUGGUACAAUGGCCGGCUACGAUAGUUUGUACACGGAAUCUAGUGCAGAGUUGUUGGCGCGUGUGGCUAUUCAUGCGUCGCUUCAUCCGGAGCAGUUUCGCGAGAGGAUCUUUAACGUAGCCGAUACUGAGAAGCCAGGGUCUAUGAGGGAACGUUGGCCUCAAAUUGCAAGUUGUUUUGGAUUGAAAGGGGUUGAGCCUCUGAUGACAGCAUGCAUGAAGCCUAGUCACUUCAUAAAAGAGCAUGCGAGCAAGCUGAAGGAGAUCGGUGUGAAAGGUGUAGACAUUUGGAAUACUGAGCAGCUGGAUAGCUACGGGUAUUGGUUGACAUUCGAUCGGCAUUUGAGCUUGAAGAGAUUGAGGGAUGCAGGAUUUGAGGAGGUGAGAAGCCCGGAGAAUGGAUGGUGGACAACUUUUGAGAUGUUUAGAAAGGCAGGCAUGAUAACUUGA